CGUACAGAGCCUCUGCACUGCACUGCAUACACUCUCAUUCAUCCACAAGCACACAAAGACCGGACCAUUGGCAAUCUCUCACUUGGAAAAUGCUCUUUUGGGAACUGUGCUUGGUUCUGCUACUUUGUGGCUUUCAUGUGAGGGCUAUACCAUCCACUAACAUCAAGAUCACUCAAGCUUUGCCUCUGCAGUUACCAGAUGCCCCCGAGCCUGCUACUUGCCCCCUCUUUUGGACCGAGUUUGAGGGCAACUGUUACCGCUUCUUCCCCAUCAAUCGCACCUGGGCGGAGGCAGACCUGUACUGUGCUGAGUUUUCCAACGGCUACCGGUCCGCCAAGCUCACCUCCAUACACAGCUGGGAGGAGAACGUGUUUGUGUAUGACCUGGUGAACAGUCGAAUCCCUGGCAUCCCUACAGACAUCUGGAUUGGCCUUCACGACCGGCGACAGGAGGGCACCCUAGAGUGGACCGAUGGUUCAGCCUAUGAGUACAGCUACUGGGAUGGGAACCAACCGGAUGAUGGGAUCCACCGGAUCCCACUAGAGGAGGACUGUGUGGAGAUCUGGUACCGACAAAACAGUGCUCUGAGGUCCUGGAAUGACAACAGCUGUGACAAGGCUUUUCCCUUCGUGUGUAAGAUCCCUACACUGGAUAACUAAACCCCGACUACUCCCCGUGGCCUCCAGCUCUCCUGCAGCGUUCAACUCUUCAUUCAGCAUCUCCCGACUUGAGAGAGGCCCUCCAUGUGGACUCUUCUGUUUAUGGGCUCCCUUCCAACCCGAGCUCCUCACUGGGACCUCACAAGACUUACCUUUUCCUUCUCUUCAUUGUAACAGACCUCCAUGCUCUCCUUUCUACACACUACCUUACUUUAGCUUUGUCUGUUGGUAUCUCCUACUGCCUUUACCCCUAUGGCUCUCCCUCUCUCUCUCUCUUUGUGGGCACAGCAGCUUUUGUCUCUGUGCCUUUUCUUUCACAGCUCAUCUAUCGCUUCUCUGCUCCAGGCUUCUGUCACUUCUCUCAUCUGACCACCACCCC